AUGCCGAAUUUUUUCAAUCGUGAAGAGGACAUGGACGUCGAGGAAUCGGUAGACACGAGAGUUCUUGAAGAGUAUAGAGAAGCCCUGGAUAGCGACGCUACUAUACGUUCCCGAGACGUAUGCUCGCUGAACCAGCACGAGCUUGGUCUUCUAAACAGAAAGUCCCUUAGGAUCGGUACGGGGACCUCGCAAGGCCAAAAGAGACCGGCUCGGAAAUUCGACCUAACAUUGAAACCGUUGCCGUAUGAAGAAGUGGCCAGUCGGAUGAUGGGUUCUCAUGUCGUUUCAGAAAAGCAGAUCUCAAAGAUGAAGCGGCACGGAACAGGAAGGGUAAAGAAGCGAAGACCGUUUGGUUUAAGAACACCUAAUUUUGCCGACGACGAGGAAUUCGAAGAAGAGGAUGAGGAGAUUCAUGCUGUUUUUGCAAAGAAGGAUCAGCCGUCCAAGUUGGGGGAAGAUCAAAUGCGUCUCGAGGACAUGUUGCAAAAGAAAGCCGAUGUUCGGGCGGGAUCGAUGGUUUGGAAUUCGUUGGUUCUAAACCCAAGUGGACAUACAGGAAAUACUCGUGAACGAGCGGAAGCCACCGAGCCCGAUUCAGAGGCGCCUGAAAGUGUUACUCAUCUGAAUGAUUCUGGAAUCAAGAACCUGCAUACCGCUUUUGAAGAGAAUGGGAUUGGACGUGUGGAAGUCAGCGAGUCACCAGUUGCAGACGCUACAGAAGAGGUCGAGCGUGAUGAAGCUGCACAUCAGGCUGAUGCGGAGGAGAAAGAUCAUGGUGCUGAAGGUGAUGAGCCGAUGACUGGCUCACCUCAGUCUACGGAAGUUGACUCUGGAGCCAGUGAAGCAAUGGAAGGCAUGAUGGACGAUGGUGUCUCCGGAGCCGAACAAGUUGCUGAAAAAAACAAUGAGGAUGACGUGGAGAUCAUGUGCUCAGCACAGAUCAGUAAGAAGCCAUGCGUUUCCCCUCUUCCUGCUGUCGUGGAAGCUGGAUCCACGAGUUCGGUAUCUGACACCGUCCCAAACACUCCAGUCGCCCAGCAAGCACCAACCGUUGCACUCAAAUCCGCACUCAAGUCUGGGCGCAAAUCGGCCGGCAAGUCUGUGAGAAUUGCUGGUUCGUCUGGUUCGCCGGAAGAGUAUGCUGUGCUCCCGUUAACCCCAGAGGCUGGAUCAUAUCUGACGAGGAAGAAGUCGUCUAAGAAGCAGCUUGGCAGGUGGUGGACUGGUUUGGGAUGGCAACAUACGAAAGAGCACGCGGCCGCGCAUGAAGCCUUUGGAGUGGUGGCGCUUGGAGAUGGUUACAUAUGGCCGACCUCAUCAGAGUUUGCCAACUCCAGUGGAAGUGCAAGUCUGUUCACCGGAGCCUUAUUGGCCUGCAGUGCCACCAGGGGGUUUGAAGAGAAGGGUUGGACUUCGUAA